CCUGGUAUGCUGACGGAUACUCCUGGUGGCCACCAUAUAAAGACAUUGACAGGCUGUUAAAGAGUGUUAAAAUCAUGGAGACACCACAGCCAGAGAAGGGGUGGACCCGGCAUAAAACAAGAAUCCUGCAUGAGUCAGCAUCUUUUCAAAAUGUAGCCAACAACUGGAAGAAGGCCAGCUAUACAUCCGACAUAAAUUCAGAACCCGAAAUUGCUGGAAAAAGGAUUCCAAAAAAGAAACUGUGCUCCAACCACAUCUACUCAUCGGAUGAUGAGGCACCAGAACAACCACCUCUUAAAAAAAGAAAAAACUGCAGACAAAGAAAGUGUUCCACCAGCACCAAAACCUCCAUCAAUUCCAAAACGCACAAAGAAAAAAGGUCCUGUUGUGCAACCUCAGGUUUUGCAGAGCAGAGCUGUAAACUCUUUAAGCAACUCAUUUGUUAAUCAGCAACAAAGUGAUAUGGAAGACCAACAGCAGACCUGGUGUGAGAGUCUCCCCAGCUUUCAAGCUCCAGUGCGUGUUUCUCAGCCAGACCAUCACGGAGACGGUUGGAGUAUUGAUCCACCUAACACACAAGACCACACCUUUUCUGUCAUGAGACCCUCAGGGGACCACCUUGGAAGAACGCAGACGACUGUGGGCAUCUCUCAGGCAGACCAUCACGGAGCCGGCUGGAGUGUUCAUCCACCUAACACACAAGAGCACACCUUUUCUGUCCUGAGACCCUCAGGUGAUUGUGACCACCAAGGAAGAACACAGACGACACUGGGCAUCUCUCAGCCAGACCAUCACGGAGCCGGCUAUGGUGUUGAUCCACUUAACACACAAGAGCACACCUUUUCUGUCCUGAGACCCUCAGGUGGCCACCAAGGAAGAGAACAGACUGUAGAAAGGGCCAUUCUAGAAACACUAGAGAAAAUGGACAUGAAGAUAAACCACCUGACUUCACUGGUCCAGUCUCUAGUGGGAAACAGGCGCUUUUUACCCCCAGUGGCAGAGCAAAAUGAGGAGGAAGAUGGCAUCUUUCCUCUUGCAUCCACUGAGGAUCUAGACCGGCUGGAGCAAAGUCUGUCAGACAGAGGUUUUAUGCAGAGAAUGGUGAACAGAUUAUCCAUCAGCGGCGGGCCAAAUAUGAAGAAGACCGUCUGGAGAAUCUGCUCCAAGGUGUUCAGCACCAACGUCGCCCGCCAACUUAACUGGUGUGGAAGAGGAGACAAGCGGGGGAUAAGGAGGACAAACGUCGGGUCACUGUUAACCGCUUCAGCCAUGAGGAAUCCCGUCCUGCCGUCACCAACGGAAGCAGAGACGGAGAAAUAUAUCAAAGAUUUCCUCCGCUUGGCCCCAGGGAGGGUGUAAUUGUUUAUUUAAUUUUAAUCUUAAU